GGCCGCGCGGAGACGCCGAGCUCGCCCACCGCGCGCAGGCGGCGACAUGCACGUGAACGGCAAAGUGGCGCUGGUGACCGGCGCGGCGCAGGGCAUCGGCCGGGCCUCGGUGGAGGCGCUGCUGCUCAAGGGCGCCAAGGUAGCGCUUGUCGAUUGGAACCCUGAAGCAGGUGCGAAGUGUAAGGCCGCCCUGGAUGAGAAGUUUGAACCUCAGAAGACUCUCUUCAUCCAGUGCGAUGUGGCCGACCAGGAGCAGCUGAGAGAUACUUUCAGGAAAGUUGUAGACCACUUUGGAAAGCUGGACAUUUUGGUCAAUAAUGCUGGAGUGAAUAAUGAGAAAAACUGGGAAAAAACACUGCAGAUUAAUUUGGUUUCCGUCAUCAGUGGAACCUACCUGGGUCUGGAUUACAUGAGCAAGCAGAAUGGCGGUGAAGGCGGCAUAAUCAUCAACAUGUCCUCUUUAGCAGGGCUCAUGCCUGUGGCCCAGCAGCCUGUUUACUGUGCUUCGAAACACGGCAUAAUCGGAUUCACACGCUCAGCGGCGAUGGCUGCUAAUCUCAUGAACAGUGGUGUGAGGCUGAACGUCAUUUGCCCGGGCUUUGUUAACACCCCUAUCCUCAAGUCCAUCGAAAAAGAAGAAAACAUGGGACAAUAUAUAGAAUAUACGGGUCACAUCAAGGAUAUGAUGGAAUUCUAUGGAAUUCUGGACCCAUCAAUGAUUGCCAGUGGAUUAAUAACACUCAUUGAAGACGAUGCUUUGAAUGGCGCUAUUAUGAAGAUCACAGCUUCCAAGGGAAUUCAUUUUCAAGAUUAUGAUACAACCCCAUUUCACACAAAAACUCAGUGAACAUCUUACAUGUCAGCCUUAACUGCAAAUAAGAACAGAUGACUUACAGCCAGACAUUAUCUUCAUUUGAAUAUAGCUCUUUGAAUGAAAUGUUACCAUUUGAAGCUUGCUUUCAUGCACUUGAUGUUAAUUUUUUCUAAAUGAUUAGUUGUCUAUGGAUUAAAAAAAAAAUUAAGAACCAUCAAAAAUAUGACAUGGACCAAAGCUAGAUUUUGAUCUUUAGAGUCUAAGUAAUGAUUAAAACAAAGGAUAUUCCAGGAAUAUUCUGCCUUUCGGAAAAUAUAUUUAAAUUUGUGUUCGUAAGUAUUGAUGUUUCUUAGAACAUCAUUUUAAAGGCGAUACUUGAAUUGUUAUUUAAAUCAAGCCAGAUGUUAAAAACUCAUUUUGUUGCUAUAUUCGCACUUUAAAAGAUGGAAGCUACUACCUACAAUGGCAAAUAUUUAGUGACAAUAACUUUUACUUGUGCACCAUGUUUCAGCUCCUUAAAAUGUGGCACAUUUGGGGGACAGUAGGUAAGGAAUAAAUUACAGUGUGAAUAUAUCCCAAAUGAAAACUCUAGUGUAUGGAAACGUGACAGAAGUGAACUGUCUGAGACGUUGAUCCACAGGUCAGCCUCCCAGCUGGGGAAAACAUUUCCUUCCUCUUUGCUUACUUUAAAGAAUUUUGACUCCAGAAAUCUCAGGAAUGAAACUUGUAAUCAUUAUGGCAAAAAGGGUAGUUAGUGCUCCUAAAAUGUCGUAUUUAAGAUAAGCUUGUUAAGAAAAAUGUAUACAAAUGUAAUUUUUCUGUCAGGUUACUUCUUUGUUUAUUUGUAUUGAUUUCAGCAGUGCUUACUUUUCAAUAAAAUUUUUUUCGUAAUCUCC